AUGUCGGCCAAGCGCACGCUUCGCUCCGGAACAGUUCGAGACAGUCCUCCACCACCCCCAAAGCGCCAAGCUGUUCAGAGAGCUAAUGUGACAACAAACCAGGAGUAUAAGUACGACGGAGUCCCUAUUUCUCUCAAAUCCAAGAAGAUCAAUAGCUGCUUUAUCGAUUUUUUGGACGUCGGGCUUGGUGUGGACAUGCCCAACCACACCAUCCUCCGAAUCCUUUUCGAACAUCUACAGCAGCAGAAUUCUCCAUAUGCCCCUGCUGGAACCAGGGGCCUUUUAUUUGACAUUCAGCCCGUGGGUAAUGUUGAUGAUAAUCUAAUUGACGCUGAGCUGAGGAUUAAUACCAUCACAUAUCAGGGUCCGCAUAUACGGGCGCUUCACACCUUGCAAUUACCCGUGCGCGGAAAUAAGACGGCCAGGGACUUCUUCCGUGUGAUUGACGAUACUAACUUACUUCCCGUGGGAUAUACUUCUACAAGUGAGGAUUUACUUGGUUGCAGAGACUUUAUAUCACAGCUAGUUUACCGCCUCGACGAAGCCGGGGCUAUCAGGCUGCCCGCAAAUACAAUUGUCAGUGUUUGGAAUAGCUUCAACCAACGAUACUAUGGUGAUGGCACGUCGAGAAUCGACGCUGUUGGGAAGAUUGCUUUCAAUGAUGACUACGUGCACAUAAGUAUCCCCGGUAUUGAUUAUGCAUAA